AGAUGGCCUCGUCAAGAGGCGACGAAGUCCUGGACAUCGUCUUAGUUUUCGGUAAUCAGUAGGCUUAGUAGAGAAGAGAAAUAGCCGUUAUGUUCUCUGCCUAAAUCGUCUAAAUAAAUAAUCACUUAUUUAAUUAUUAUAAGCCUAGGCUACAUUAAUAUCAUGUAUCACAAGAAGAUACAUUUAUUUGUGUCAAGUUAACAACCUAGACCUAGGCCUAGUCCCGUCCAAGUAAGUAGGCCUAAGUAAAGUAAGUUGAGCUUAGGCUUUGCCUUAAGAAGUGCAUUGUAUGAUUGUUCUCAUUCAUAUUUUUUUUAAUGACAUAAUUAUGAGUCAUGAUCAUUACUUGAUUUUGUAAAACACUAAUAAAAAAAAAAGUAAUUUCCUUGUAAUCCCUUUGGCUUCCUUAGCCUCAUAUUGACAUUGCCCUGUAAGUAUAAGUCAUAUUAAGUUAUGACUCAUACUCAUAUCAUUAGACAUUAUCAAUGAUUCAUAAUGAUUAGUCAUUAGAUAGACUAUUGUGAUUGUGGCCUAUAAAUAAAAUCAAUAAACAUAAAUUAUUACAAAUCUUACAUAAUGAAAUAAAUGUAAAUGAUGUAAGUCAAGUAAGCAGCAAGUGGUAGGUAAGUGACUUAAGCCUACCCCUACUACAUCCUUAAAAUUUUAAAUGUAAGAUUAAGACUCAUUAGUCAAUGUCCGUUGCCUUCAAAAUAAUAGGCUAAAUCAGACUCUAAGAAUUAAGCAUUGGACAUUGACAUUGAUAGUCAUCAUGACAGUCAUGUCAUUUAAUCCAAUUAUUAUUGUUAGUAAUAUUAGGCUAUGCCAAAUUUUGUGUUUUAUGAUGAAUGAAAAUCAUAUUUAAAGUAGGUUGGGUAUUCCAAAUCCAGCUAAAAUGUUCAAAUAAAUUUCAAAUACACAUAAAGUUAUAAUAGUAUGUAAAUGUAUGCUAUUGGCAUUGGAACGAGCUGGCUUCCAGAAAGACCAAUCUAAUCUUUCUAUCAAUUAUGAAGGGAAAGCUAUGAAUUUUAUCUAGAAUCCCCCCCUUCCUUUUUUUUCUCCUCUUCUUUCUCACCCUUCAGCUUUCUAUUUAAUGCUAUUAUAGCUAGACCCCAUAAAGUAUAUAUUUAUUGAACUUAGACUGAGGGGAAUCAUACUGGCUAUUUUUAAUGAUCUUUUAUACUCACUGACCUUGACUCUGGAGUAGUCAAGAAUAAAGAAAAUAAUGAAAAUUUUUCUUUUCAAUUACCUCAAACUGCCUUUUUUAAAGGCAUAUUAUUAUAAUGUCUAUAUAAUAUGAUAGCAUUUUUAUUAAUCUUUCAGAAAAUUUGUAUAUGUUUUAGUUAUUAAUAGAUUAAAAAAUUUCUUCUGAUACCUGUAAUUACGUUCAAGUAACCAAUCACGACAUAAACAAUAUAAACAUUACUAAAUAGCAAGAAACAGAUAAAAUUUAAAAAGCUGCUAUAUAAAUAUUUAAUCCAUAAAAUGAAACAUAAGAAAACAUAUGUAACACAACAUUAAAACAUUUUUUGUAGGUACAAAAUCAUCUGAAACAUAGUUUUGAACGAGACCUGUUGUUGCGGCAAUGCCUACUCGUUCUAGGCCUAGCACUAAAUUGUCCGAACUUUUGCUUUCUGACCCACUAGAAAAAUAAUUUAUUUUAUUGUCUUUGUGUGUGAUCGGAAAAUCAUCUUCCGAAUCACUUAAGUCAUUAACUAAAAAUAAUUAUCAAAAAGAUUCGUAACUGAUUUAUUUUGUAAACCAGACGAUCCAUCAAUUGCCUCAUCCACUUCGCAGAAAUCUACUGACACAAAUUUUCUUGAUGAAGAUCGUUGUAAAAAUAAUUCCAAGUUUAAAAAAAAAGUUCGUUUAUCUAUAAAAGGAAGUGGUUUUAUUUGGUGUAAAAUAUUGGACUGGAACUUAUUCUUUCGGCAUUUUUUAUCGGCCGAUAAAAUGGCCGACACAAUUUCGGAAGUGAAAAUUUGGCGAUGAAAUAAGCCAACGACAGUUGGUGUGUUAAAAUAUGAAUUUAGAAAAAAAAAAAAAUUUCAAUGAGGCGUAGAUUGUCCAAAAUUGUCACUAUAAGCCAGGACCUGUAAAAUAUAGUUAACAACACUGAAUUACCAAGCUCAGUAGCUCUAGCACACUUGUUAUCAAGUGUUUUUAAGUCAUGACCACAUUGAAAUAAAAGCAAAGUGACCCUUUCCACGUUAUAUUGCAACACCUUCAAACAUAAUUUAACAUAACUAUUUAAUGAAGAAAUCUAUCCCUAGGAAGUUUUCCAUGCAAACAGUUCGUUUUUAUCUUAAAGUUUAGUCAAAGAAAAGUUUAAAUUAAAAAUUCCAGCAUAGAAAUACAAUAUAUCAACGUUAAAAAAUACAUUUACUGAACAUGAGAUCGGCAGUAUACUUAAUUAAUAUUUAUACACUUGAAGUAAAAAAAAAAAAAAUACUGCUUGCGCAACGUGGAACACUGUAGCACACACUUCAUUUUAGGCAAAAAGGCUAUCAUCAAGUUUGUGACUUACCACUGUUGGCUGUUGUUUUGCAUUUGUCUUUAAAGCUAUGGAUGAAGCUCAAGGACAUGGUUGUGUUGCAUUGGUUAUCUUGAAUAGAUUAUUCAACUCAUGAGACCAUAUAAAAUCUUUCUAUUUCUAUUAUAUAGUGCAUAGCUAAUUAAUUUUCCAGUUGAUAUAAUCACACAAUUUUUAGAGGUAUGGCAAUAGUAGGAUAUUGUUGUGACUGAGAAAUUGAAACCUAACCAAAAAAAUGUCAAAAUGCAAUGAAAAAUUAGAAAAGUAAUAUCUUCGGUAACACUGGAAACUGAGGUUCCAAGUAAAAGUUUUCAGGCACCACUACAACCUGACACUCUGCAUCCUGCCUGUUGAAAAUCUUCUUAUAUUGAGAACAACCAGUACUACCUAGUCACAAAUGAUUUAUUUUCUAUGUAUGCCAAUGUUCACUUGUAUCACUUUUGAUGAGGAAAACCCUUAGAAUAGAUAACUUGCUGCUUCUGGCUACUCAAUUGUCACUUGAAUAAUUUUUUUUAAAAAUAUGGCUUGUUUAUCACACCCUCAUUGGUCUGUUGUGUAGUGGAGGGAGAUGAGGAGUAUACAGAAAUUUUAACUCAACAUUAAAUUCACCAAUUUGUGUCACUUGUUGACAGGUAAUGCCUCAGAAUGUUAAGUGUGGUUUAGGGCAAGCAUCAUGCUUGUAUCUGUCAUUUAUUAUCAGACGUUGGCCAGCCAAGGUGAUAGAAAAAUUGAGUCAUAAAAGAGUGACCAAUUCAGUUCCCAAGCUGUAGACGGUAUAGUUUGUUUUUGUUCUACUAAAAUGAAGAUCUAUUAAUUUGAAAUGUUUUAAUAAAUAAAUUUAAGUAGACCUGCCUACUGCAUCAAAUUGUUUGUAGUACAUAAACCCCAAUUUCUUUCUAGUAUGUAACCACCCUCAAAGUCAUAUUUUAAGUAACAAGCUAGUUUACAUUAUUUAAAGAUUCAAAGGACAACAAUCAUGAUUCUAAAUGAGGCUGCUAAAGUUGGCAGAACUCAGAUCAUUAAUGAAAACCAAAGAACCAAUCGAAGAUAAGCAGUAUGGUGUAAAAAUGAUAAGAAACAGCUUUUCACUUUUCACACAAAAUAAACAGUCUACUGCUUUUCUUUUUGAAAUUCAUAUUUUUUUCAUUUUGUUUUUUUGUUAUGGGAUGCAAAAAGCAUUAAACCUGCUGUUUAGUAACUAGUUAGGCAGGUCUGUGAAAGGAACAUAGCACCUUGUAGGGGCCAGAAGAUUUACAUCAUUUAAAUUACAUUUUUGUGCAAAAAAAGUCUUCAUGUUGUUACCGAAAGCAUUCUUGAUGUGUGAGGAUAAUUUUUAAAAAAGUAAAAUGUCUCCUGCAGGUCAGAAAAAAAUUCCUGUUCAUCUUGAUGUGUCAAACAUUGGUGGUGGGGCAGAGUACUUAACUGUGGGUCAUCUAUCAGAUGUUGUUUACAAGGAGACAAAUAUUGAACCCCUGUGUCAAAGGUUAAUUUACAGAGGUAUGGAGAAUCUGGAGUUUGUAUUAAGCUAAUGAAAUUAAUAAAAUAUAUAUAAGGUAAUUAAUGAAAUUAUGUAAGUGAUAUAAAGUUGAUAUAAGUAUGUAGGGCCUAUAGUGUUAUAAAGUUAAUGUCAUGUAUAUAAAUAGUAUGAAGAGAAGGUAAUUUCUACAAAGUAAUGUAUAAAGUCAAGUAAUAAAUUUAAUUAAUUAAUUUAAAGUGAUGUCAGGUUAAUUAUAUAAAGUAAUGUACAAUUAAUGUAAUUUAUAUAAAGUAAUAUAAAGUUACUUUAAUUUAUAUAAAGUCAUGUGAGAGUAAUGUAGUUUUUAUAAAGUAAUAUAAAUUUAAUGUAGUUUAUAUCAAGUAGUUUUUGUUUGGCAAAAUGUAAAUAAGAUGUCUAGCACAAUCAAUGAAUGAGAAGAGAAAGACACCAUGUUUAACAUUCAAAUAUUUAAAAAAACAAAGACUUUCAUUAUGUUGAAAUCACUCUUGAUCUUUCUUACAUGUGUAAGCAUUCUUUUCUAAUUGGAGCUGAUUCUGAUAAGCAUAACAUUUGUCCAAGACCGCAAACAACUCAAGCAUUACACCCAAGCUUGAAAGUUAUUCCAUUUUUUUUUCAACCUUAGGGAAAACGCUAUUCAAAGCAGAUGAUAAAGCCGUUGCUGACUGCUUGAAUGAAAGACUGUCAUCAUUUGGCGUUCGAAAUGGGGACAAGAUCAUGUUGCUUGGACGUAAGGUAUUUUUUUUUUAAAAACUUCAUUAUCAAUAAAUGUAUUUACUUAAUGUAAAAAGUGUCAAGUUUCAGAGACGAAACCAAGGAAUGUAAAAAAACAAAAAAACAAUUUGGAAUUUUUAACUUGAGAUUGUAAAGACCACAUAAAUAAUGUUAAUAUUUGGUCUCACGACUGUUAAAGUUGUAAGUGGGGGGUGGGGAAUCAAGAUUCAUUUUAUUCUUGAAAUUUAAACUAAAUAUCCUUUGGUCACCGUGGGUAAUUAUUUCUUUUGUUAACAUCUAAUUUUCAGACUUCAGAAAAGAAAAUUGAAAGCCCACCAAAAAGUGUACGUGUUCUUUUUCCAUGAUUCAAAACAGAGGAUAGAUGAUUUACUUUAAAACCAACCAUAUACUAAUUAACAUAUGUGGGAGGGAUUCCUACAAUACUUAAGCAUUUUUUCCUAAAAGGACCAUCACCAAAAGACAAUGGUGUAAUUUUAAAGUGUUGAAACUAUAAAGUCUGGGCAAGUUGUUUUAUAUGGACAAUCAGAACUUGGUUUUUCAUGUAUCAUAAUUGAAUUAUUUCACACAGGAGUUGUUAAUUAUCUUUUCCCUAUUUGAAUUUCAUAAAAAAUAUUUCUCCUGACUCUUUAAGUGUUUUCGUAACAGGAAAGUUCUGAGGCACACCUGCGACUUCAGGACCUGCAGGCCGAUGUUGAGAGGCUUUGCUCCCAGUGUGACCUGAGCGUCAGAGAAUGCCAAGGUCCUCUGGUAAAUAAAUCUCCUAAAAUCGGAAGCAUGAAUGAUCUAGGAACGCAUUUUUUAAACUGACAUUUGUGGAUAAAUCAUACGGAGACUUAUAGUUAAUAUUGCAUGUAACAGAUGUGAAUUUGAUUCAUUUUUCCAGAGUUGCAAAGAUAAUAUUUCAGUGAAUGCAGUGAGAUAUUCAUGAAUAAGUUUCUCUAAAACAGAGGCUAUUCAAUAACUGAAUUCACUAUUCAUAAUUGUACCACUUACCUAUUUUUUUGGUCUAUUGAUACAAUAGGUUCUAGGUUGUGCAACUGACCACACAAUUGCCUGCCACCAGUGUUCUCAUUUUAAUGACAUUGAAUGGACAUUACAGAUUUUUGUACUUUUUUAUAUUUUAGAGAAUCAGAUGACAACGUCAUGUAUUAAAUAAAUGAUAAUUUUCCUCAAAUAGGACCUGGAUGCUCUGAGAGCAAGCAAAAAGGGCUUAAUACUUGUGCAUGAAAAUGCCAUGAAGGUCUUGGAGCAGAUUGACUCCUUGAGCUCUCACAAUAACGAGGACUUCAGGAAGCUUAGGAAGAGUCUCGUCAACACGAUACAGGUGAAAAAACAUUUAUCCGGUUAUUGUUUGGUGCAAGUGUGACAUUUAGUCUAUUUGAAUGGUUUCUGCUUGUGAUCCAUCUUAAUUAUCAAUUCCCUUUCCCUUCUCCUCUGUCUCUUCUGCAAGUGUGACAUUUAGUCUAUUUUAAUGGUUUCUGCUUGUGAUACAUCUUAAUUAUCAAUUCCCUUCCCCUUCUCCUCUGUAUCUCCAUGAAACAUAAUUAAACUGGUUCCAAUGGUUAGUCCCCUCAAAAAAAAUUCCCCACACAUUAUUGCGGAAAAAAUAUUAUUUUUUCACAAUGUGGAACAAGAUUAUUCCUCAAACUGAUGGCUCUUAAAGACAGAGUAUUCCCCCACAUUGAUGAUUGCACAAAUGGAAUAACCCUCAUAUUUGUGUGUGUGUAUUUGUUCCACUUAAAUCUAGGGCGUAAAACUGAAAGAACAUUUUUUUUAUGGUCAGACUUUCAAUGCACCAAUGCAAAUCAUUUUCUUCAAAUGGGAAAUUGCUGUGUGUGGCAUGUGAAAAAAAAUUACUUUAUUUUGAUGUUAAAAAUAUUAUUUUAAUUAAGGAAUAAAUGUGUUCAGACAUUCAUUUGGGGAUUAAAUAAUUGUCCAUUCACGUUUCACUUGAUGCACUCUCAAUAAAAUAAAUUGUUAUGAAAUGAGUACUUGCUAUGUCAGUGAUUUCUUAACCUUGAGUUCUGCUGACACAAACGACCAGAAUGAAUAGUCUGAAAAUGAAUAAGGUCAUUACCAUUUUAACCCUAGCAUCCUGAAGUUGAUUUUAUUUUGGCCUCUGCUUUGUGCUUAAGUUUUUUUUUGUUUUAUUUUUUUCACAGUAUUGUUUCUUUUAAAGUUUAGUUGGACUAAUUGGUUGUUAAAAGUAUGAUGUAUCAUAUUAUUUUAUUCUUUAUAACGGCAACAGUAGAUUUAUAUUUCAUCAUUAAACAGUUUCUUUUUACAUAUAGAAAUGUCAAUACUGAAUUUAAAAAUAGCAGUCAUAGAGCCAUUAUGAUGGACAUUUUUUUCUGUAUUUCUUGAAAAUGUUUCAUUUAAAAAAAUAUAUAUAUUGUAUGUAUAAAACAAAACAAUGUGCUUAUUAUUCCCAUUUAGAUUUUAAAUUUGAUUCUAAGAGCCAGAAGGCCCCUUUUUGUUCUUUGAAUGAUUAACAUAAUAAUAUGUUUUCACAUAUUAAAACACAAUUUUCCACUAUGAUUUUAUGAAGUAAAUGUUAUUUUCUUUUACUUCAUUUAGUAAGUCUUUGGUUUCUCUUAUAAUAAAAAAAUAAUUUCUGGGCUGAGGAAAAGGAAAGAAUGUUUUGAAUAUCAUUGGUUUCAUUUUCAUUUAGGAAAUAAGAUUAAAAAUGCCUUAAGCUUAAAGGGUUGUGAGUAAUUCUUUUUUUUAAUCCACCUUUUUUUUUUUUGCAGGCCAAGCUAGAUAUAUGUGAAAAACAAAUGGCAGAAGUCUCUGAGAAAAUCCAAGCUUUGGAAAACAAUGCACAUGGCAGCGGCAGUUAACCUUAGCUGGAUCUUAGUAUUAUUUCAUCAUGUUGUUGUAAAAAAUCCAUCUUGGUUAUACUAGGAUAACCUGCAUGUCUGAUCAAAUCAAUUUAAUGAUUGUGAGAGAAACAUAAUAACUGAACACAGACAUUUUGGAAAUCAGUCAAAUAUAAUUUUAUUUCAUGUGUUUACAAUAUUUAACUUUUCAGUUUCAUGGUAGAUUUUUAUGAAAUUCAAAUUUUUUUUUGCAAAUAAAAGGGUUUUUAAAAGUAAAGGCAAUUUAAGAAUGAUUUCAGAAAUAAUUUCUUUUUUUUUGUUGUAAACCUUAUCUCUUGACAUGAUUUUAAACCAUCAUAAAACUUAUAAAAACUUAGCUGAUAAUAAAUAAUUGUCAUAAAAUAAAUUAAGUUGAUAUAAACUUAUGUUGUCUUCAUAAUAUCUUAGGUUUGUUAUUACAGUAUUUACAAAGUUACCAUAACAUAUGCGUUUCAUUUGACAUAUUUUUCUCUGUAAUAUUAUUGCAGAUUUAAAAUAAGAAGGGAUUGUGCAUAGAUCAUCACAUAAAAUGCUGGUCCUUAUCUCAGAUUAUAGAAAUGGGACGAUCUUUCAUUCACUUUCCUAUGCCUUUAUGAUAAGCCAUUCUUGCCAUGACAUCAGAAAAUAUUUUAAAAAAUCAAAGUGUUUUAUUUUAUUCUUCAUUCCUACUCUAAAACUUUCUCACAUAAAAAUAAUUUUUUUUUAAUGCAGUAUUAUUUUGUCUAGACGUUUUAGAGAAAGGUAAACAUUGUAAUUUAACUAAAUGACUAAAUACAAUAACAACUAUAAGAAGGAAUUAGAUGUGAAAUAUUUUUAGAACCUAAUGAAAUAAAAUUUAAUUAAAAGUCAAUUUUGAUUUUCAAUUAAAAUAAUCAACUAUUUUCAAUUAUCAUGUGUAAAUUCUUCUCCAUGGUGGCAGGUUGAAGGGCACUUGCCCAAUUUGGCUACAUGGUUCAAAUAAUGAUGGCGAUAUUUUUUAAAGUUUAAAUGAUGAAGAUACAAUUCUAACUUGUGACCAGUAACCCAAACAAAUCUGCAGUAAUGUAAUGUAAAUGAAGGCAAGUUAACAAAUGACCUUGACACUGUAACAUUAUUCAUGCAUGUGAAUACUGGAUAUUGUUUAGGGAGCAGUUAGUUUUUAUUUUAUUCUUCCCAAUUGUUAGGCAUCAAAUUGUUUUCAGUCGAUGCCGAAUCCAUCACUUAGCACUGUAAUCUACAAGUUCAACUAAAGUAAAAUAUGAGAUACGCUAACUGACCUAAAAAAUAAACGUCCCUUAUUCAAUAUGAAGAAUAAGUUUCAUGAGUUGAGCUGUUGCUGUAUGUUGAAUAGUAAUUGGAUGCAUUUACUGUGAGUAAAUAACUAAACCAGCAACUUGUGUUUCACUUGAGCCAUUAACAUCAAUUCUAACAUUGCAUGAACUUACUUGGCACUGAGAUGAUAUAUGAUAACAUGAUUUUUAUUAUGAUCUAAUUUUUUUAAUUGUCUUUUCUAUCAAUAAAAUAGCUGAAGGUGUAAA